AAAUUUGAGACCGUUUUUUUCUCCCAAAAUCAGGGUUUUCAUCAAGCUUCUUUCUCAGAUUUUGAUUUACUCGUUUGUCGAUCUUCAUUGCAUAUAAUGGAUUGAAUUUCGCAAAUUGUGUGUGUGAUUCGGCAAAUUGAUCAAAUAUGAGGAGAGGCAUGAGUACUGAAUGUGAUGAACAGCCCACUCGUAAACAGAUGCGAUCUGGGUGCUGGAGAUGUUUAGUAAAGAUUGGCUUGUUUGAUGGGGUAUUGUCCUUGGUAAAUGUUGCAUCCAACUGCUUGUACCUUUGACACGUAGUUUACAUGAUAUGCUUCAGUUUUAAAAUCAUAAUUUUGAUGUGUUUUCAUUUUUCUUUGUAUGUGACACCCGCAUUGAGACUUAUUCGAGUGAAAGGGAAACAGAAUGAGAUAUACAGUGAUGGGGGCCAAAGCCUAAAUUGCAGCAGCAGAGCCCAAAAAAUGUGGGCAGGUCGCCAUGCGGAGAAAUUGAGGGCUUUCUGCUCAUAGAGAAGCUGCAAUACCAAUGGGGGAGUUCGAUGAUGGAGAGUAUGCAGGGAUUAAUGAGGUUACAUCACCCAGAGAAAAUAAUGCUAGGAAAGUUUCAGUCUUGCCUUUACUUUUCCUCAUUUUCUAUGAGGUUUCUGGUGGUCCUUUUGGUGUUGAGGACACUGUGCGGGCAGCUGGUCCUCUUCUUGCUCUUUUGGGGUUCUUGGUUUUCCCAUUCAUAUGGAGUGUCCCUGAGGCAUUGAUUACAGCUGAAAUGGGCACCAUGUUCCCUGAAAAUGGUGGUUAUGUUGUGUGGGUUUCAUCGGCUUUAGGUCCUUAUUGGGGCUUUCAGCUAGGUUGGAUGAAAUGGUUGAGUGGAGUCAUUGACAAUGCACUUUACCCUGUUUUGUUCUUGGAUUAUCUGAAAUCAGCCAUCCCUGCAUUAGGUGGUGGGCUUCCUAGAGUACUAGCGGUUUUGGUCCUUACUGUGGUUCUUACUUACAUGAACUACAGAGGCUUAACUAUUGUAGGAUGGGUUGCUGUUUCGCUUGGUAUACUGUCAAUUCUUCCUUUUGUGGUUAUGGGGCUCAUUUCGAUUCCCAAAUUAAGGCCUUCAAGAUGGUUAGUGGUAGAUGUACAAAGUGUUGAUUGGAACUUGUAUCUGAAUACUCUCUUCUGGAAUCUAAAUUACUGGGACUCAAUCAGUACUCUUGCUGGAGAAGUACAUAACCCAAAGAAGACUCUACCUAAAGCUCUCUUUUAUGCUGUUAUUCUAGUUGUUCUGUCCUACUUUUUCCCUUUGUUAAUUGGUACCGGAGCUAUUCCUCUUGAGCAUGACUUAUGGACUGAUGGCUAUUUCUCUGAUAUUGCGAAAAUACUGGGUGGAGUCUGGCUCAGAGUUUGGAUUCAAGGGGCAGCUGCAGCGUCAAAUAUGGGAAUGUUUGUGGCCGAGAUGAGCAGCGACUCUUUUCAGUUACUUGGUAUGGCAGAGAGGGGUUUGCUGCCUGAGUUCUUCUCUAAGAGAUCUCGUUACGGAACUCCUUUAUUUGGGAUCCUCUUCUCAGCUUCUGGUGUGAUUUUACUGUCAUGGCUGAGCUUUCAAGAGAUAGUAGCUGCAGAAAAUUUCUUGUAUUGCUUUGGCAUGAUCUUGGAAUUUAUAGCAUUUGUAUUGUUAAGGAUGAAGUAUCCCCAUGCACCACGCCCGUUCAAGAUACAUGGGGGAACUGUUGGAGCCAUCCUACUGUGUAUACCUCCAACCAUUCUCAUAUGUGUUGUUUUGGCCUUGUCUUCAUUCAAAGUCAUGGUUGUAAGCCUUGCCGCCGUUGCAAUUGGUUUGGUGAUGCAACCUUGUCUUAAGCUUAUCGAGAAUAAGAGAUGGUUGAAGUUCUCUAUUAGUUCUGAUCUUCCUGAUGAUAUUACAACACAUGAACCUUUACUUCGUUGAUUCCCUAAUAAGUGCUUUAUAAGGUACAACUACUCCACUAAUCAUGACAUCAGUGAUAAUAUGGAAGCUUUAAAUGCAGAAUUAUCAUGGAAUGCAUGAAAAACAGUGUGAAACCGGUAGAAGUGGUUGUCGAGGUUUGGAUGAACCUUCUCUUUAAAAAUCUUAUCGAAGCUUCUAAUCUUGUAAGCUUUAUUUGCCUCGCUCUUGUACCUAUUUUUUCAGUGUUUGUAGCUACAAUUUCUAGAGCAUCAAUAGCAGAACAGGUUUAUCGAAGGUUUAAUGAUCCUUUUUCUCUUUAUGGAUCUUAUAGCGGUAGCUUCUACUUUUGUAUUCUGUAUUUCCCAUCAUUUGUGCCUAUAUAUAUUUGUGUCAAGUAGUAUAA